UCUGCGCUACAGCUUUACAGUAGCUUAUCGAUAACCCAGCGAAAGCAUAGAAAUAUAUCGGCGAGAAACAUCGAUGCUCGAUGCAUUCGAUGCUUUUUUACAUCACUAACACUCGUGCGAAACGGACGCGAAUUUUCAUUUGUGCUGCGGAAACCAACAACAACAGACAAAAUAAAAACAAACGAAAAAAAACGGUCAAAAUUCCGGGUAAAAAACUGAAGCGUUGAAAAUUAAAACAAAAAAAAAUAGACGAACUAAAAGCUCAGACAAACGGCGCAAAGUGAAGUCCUUUGUGGGCGAAGCCGAAAAAUAAAAUAAAUCAGAGCCACACGCGCUUUUUGUCACUCCUUUUCGCCUUGCGCUCUUGUUUUCCUUUUUUUUGAGUUGGUUUCCCAAGAAUUUCUCGCUCUAGCGCGUGGUAAACAAGACUCAUUUUUUUACGGUGUACGUUUUUUGAAAGUGCAAAGAACCUAACAAGAAAAGGAAAAAGAUAACACAAAAACAGAAACUAAAAACCAAAGAGUGGCAACAACAAACCAGCAAACCAACAAAACGGAAUCAAAGUCAAACAAACGAACGCACCGUCAGACGCGAAGGAAGCUUCAAAAGAGAGACAAGAGCGAAAAAAGGAGGUGGCAAAAGGCAAGGCAAGGAGAGGAGAGGUGGGGAAUCUAAGUUCAUUGCAUUGCCGUGCGCCCAUCAAACUAAACUAAAUGUUGCGCUGCGUCGAGGAUUCGAAAUAAAAGGGAACCUGCCGCUCGGAAGUCGAGGCAGAAGUGCAGCAAGUGCUGCCGGACCAAGUUCAAUUAGCCGGAAACGGACCAUGUGAUCAGCUAUAAUUGCUAUUGUAUAUACUCACACACACGUUGGAAGCAUCAAUAGAUAGAGUCAGUGUAUAAGAUGUCCGGAAAUUAAGUCGAUAGUAGAGAGAGACAGAGAGAGAGAGAGAGGACAGAUCUUGAUCUGGCUUAGAUAUAUAUCGCAUGUGCACGGCAACGGAAACGGAAGCGUCAGCGGCAACGGCAACGGAAACAGCAACGGAAGUGGAAACGGAAACGGAAGUGGCUAAGCUAACGUCACACAGUCUGCAAUAAUGACCAAGAAGUACGAGUUCGAUUGGAUCAUUCCGGUUCCGCCGGAAUUGACCACGGGUUGUGUUUUCGAUCGCUGGUUCGAGAACGAGAAGGAGACGAAGGAGAAUGACUUUGAGCGCGACGCCCUCUUCAAGGUCGACGAAUACGGAUUUUUCCUGUACUGGAAAAGCGAGGGCCGGGAUGGCGAUGUCAUUGAGCUCUGCCAAGUGAGCGACAUUCGUGCGGGAGGCACACCAAAGGAUCCGAAGAUACUCGAUAAGGUGACCAAGAAGAACGGCACCAAUAUACCGGAACUGGAUAAGCGAUCCCUGACGAUCUGUUCGAACACGGACUAUAUCAACAUAACAUAUCACCAUGUUAUUUGUCCAGAUGCGGCAACAGCCAAGAUCUGGCUAGAUGGCAUACGAAAAAUAACCCAUAAUGUCAAAGCGAACAAUAUCUGCCCCAUGAUGUGUCUGCGGAAACAUUGGAUGCGAUUGAGUUACUGUGUAGAGAAGAGUGGCAAAAUUCCGGUUAAAACGCUGGCCAAGACCUUCGCAUCCGGCAAAACGGAGAAGUUGGUGUACACGUGCAUCAAGGAUGCCGGUCUGCCCGAUGACAAAAACGCAACGAUGACCAAGGAGCAGUUCACCUUCGACAAGUUCUACGCCUUGUACCACAAGGUGUGUCCCCGAAACGACAUCGAGGAGCUCUUCACCUCCAUCACCAAGGGCAAGCAGGACUUUAUCAGCUUGGAGCAAUUUAUCCAGUUCAUGAACGACAAACAGCGUGAUCCGCGCAUGAACGAGAUCCUGUUUCCUCUCUACGAGGAGAAACGCUGCACGGAGAUCAUCAACGAUUACGAGUUGGAUGAGGAGAAAAAGAAAAACGUGCAAAUGUCGCUGGAUGGAUUUAAGCGCUACUUGAUGUCCGACGAGAACGCACCCGUAUUCCUGGACCGUCUGGACUUCUACAUGGAAAUGGAUCAGCCACUGGCCCAUUACUACAUCAACAGCUCGCAUAAUACCUAUCUAUCCGGUCGUCAGAUCGGCGGCAAAAGUUCCGUGGAAAUGUACCGCCAGACACUCUUGGCAGGCUGUCGAUGUGUGGAGUUGGAUUGCUGGAACGGAAAGGGUGAGGACGAGGAGCCCAUCGUCACCCACGGCCACGCCUACUGCACCGAAAUCCUCUUCAAGGACUGCAUCCAGGCGAUUGCGGACUGCGCCUUCGUGUCCUCCGAGUACCCGGUAAUUCUGUCCUUCGAGAACCACUGCAACCGCGCCCAGCAAUACAAGUUGGCCAAAUACUGUGAUGACUUCUUUGGUGAUCUGCUGCUGAAGGAGCCGCUACCAGAUCACCCGCUGGACCCGGGUCUUCCGCUACCGCCACCCUGCAAGCUGAAGAAGAAGAUCCUCAUCAAGAACAAGCGCAUGAAGCCGGAGGUGGAAAAGGUCGAGCUGGAGCUCUGGCUGAAGGGCGAACUCAAGACGGACGACGAUCCGGAGGAGGACGCCAGUGCGGGCAAGCCGCCGGAGGCAGCCGCCGCCCCCGCUCCCGCCCCGGAAGCAGCCGCCGCCACCGAAGGAGCCGCCGAGGGAGGCGGUGGUGCGGAGGCCGAAGCCGCCGCUGCCAACUACAGCGGCUCCACCACCAACGUGCAUCCGUGGCUCUCCUCCAUGGUCAAUUACGCGCAGCCCAUCAAGUUCCAGGGCUUCGACAAGGCAAUCGAAAAGAACAUUGCCCAUAACAUGUCCUCGUUCGCGGAAUCGGCGGGCAUGAACUACUUGAAGCAGAGCUCCAUCGACUUUGUCAAUUACAACAAGCGUCAGAUGUCGCGAAUUUACCCGAAGGGCACACGAGCGGACUCCUCAAACUACAUGCCGCAGGUGUUUUGGAACGCCGGCUGCCAGAUGGUCUCACUCAACUUCCAGAGCUCCGAUCUGCCCAUGCAACUCAACCAGGGCAAGUUCGAGUAUAACGGCGGCUGUGGCUAUCUACUGAAGCCGGAUUUCAUGCGUCGGGCCGACAAGGAUUUCGAUCCAUUUGCCGAUGCGCCGGUGGACGGCGUGAUUGCCGCCCAGUGCUCCGUGAAGGUAAUAGCCGGCCAGUUCUUGUCCGACAAGAAAGUGGGCACCUAUGUGGAGGUGGACAUGUUCGGGUUGCCCUCGGACACGGUGAAGAAGGAGUUUCGCACGCGUUUGGUGGCCAAUAAUGGUCUGAAUCCAGUUUACAAUGAGGAUCCCUUUGUGUUCCGCAAGGUGGUACUUCCGGACUUGGCUGUGCUUAGAUUUGGCGUUUAUGAGGAAAGCGGAAAGAUCCUGGGUCAACGUAUCCUGCCGCUGGACGGUCUACAGGCUGGCUAUCGUCAUGUUUCCCUGCGCACGGAGGCCAACUUCCCCAUGUCGUUGCCCAUGCUGUUCGUGAAUAUCGAGCUAAAGAUCUACGUACCUGACGGCUUUGAGGACUUCAUGGCCAUGUUGUCGGAUCCGCGAGGAUUCGCCGGUGCCGCUAAGCAGCAAAAUGAACAGAUGAAGGCCCUCGGCAUUGAGGAGCAGAGCGGCGGUGCCGCCCGAGAUGCUGGCAAGGCCAAAGAGGAGGAGAAGAAGGAGCCACCACUAGUCUUUGAGCCCGUCACGCUGGAGUCUCUGCGCCAGGAGAAGGGCUUCCAAAAGGUGGGCAAAAAGCAGAUCAAGGAGCUCGACACCCUGCGCAAAAAGCACGCCAAAGAGCGCACCUCGGUGCAAAAGACCCAGAAUGCGGCCAUCGAUAAGUUGAUCAAGGGCAAGAGCAAAGACGACAUUCGCAACGAUGCCAACAUCAAGAACUCGAUCAAUGACCAGACGAAACAGUGGACCGACAUGAUCGCCAGGCACCGCAAGGAGGAAUGGGACAUGCUGCGCCAGCAUGUCCAGGACUCUCAGGAUGCCAUGAAGGCGCUGAUGCUCACCGUUCAGGCGGCGCAGAUCAAGCAGCUAGAGGAUCGUCAUGCCAGGGACAUCAAGGAUCUGAAUGCCAAGCAAGCAAAGAUGUCGGCGGACACCGCCAAGGAGGUCCAGAACGACAAGACCUUAAAGACCAAGAACGAGAAGGACCGUCGGCUGCGCGAGAAGCGUCAGAACAAUGUGAAGCGCUUCAUGGAGGAGAAGAAGCAAAUCGGCGUUAAGCAGGGCCGUGCGAUGGAGAAACUUAAGUUGGCGCAUUCGAAGCAGGUCGAGGAAUUCAGUACCGACGUGCAAAAGGUACUGAACGAAACUCGGCCGCAGACCGACACUAUAACCAGUAUUGAGACUGUACUUUAGACAACCACACCUGUACAGCUAGAAAGCGAUAACCCGUAAACGAUAAAAGAUAUAAUCUAUAACCUAACAACAAAAUAUGAAUCAAAAACGAUACAGAAAACCCGAAACUGAUACCAAAGUGAAGAUAUGCAUCCCAGAUACGAUUGUAGUUGCUGUAGCCCCUUAAUUUUCGAUCGAGAGAGUGUGAGAGAGAGAGAUUAUCGACUGGGGAUGCAUCUUCCGAAAAACGAUAAACAAUAACCGAUCACGAACGAAAACCCAAUCUAACCGAACCCAUCCGUACUAACCUGAAAAGUAAUCGAUCAGUCAGUAGCUGCUAAUCUUUCACACUAACUGCUAAGAUGUAAUUAUCUACUGUUUCCUAUAUGUGUAUUAUAUAUUUAUUGGUACAUGUUCAUUUUGUUGAUUCAUCGUGUGUUCUACUUUACCCUUGUUUUCGACUUGUCCCACUGAUUUCCAGCACGGUUUCGCGAUCCUUUAAAGGAGCGCAUUUUUGUUAAAUGUGAUUCCUUAUUUUGCCUUGCUUUGAAACUUUGUUUUUAUUUAUUGACGUCCAAUCGCUUUUCAUUUGAAAAGGUUUCCACGUUUUUCAUUAUUUUUGCUUUUCUGUGCUUUUUCAUCAUUUUUGUGUGCUCGUGUCAAAGUCACUGUAUCCCUAAAUCUUCUGUCUUCAGACUGUCCCUUUUCCCACCAAUAUUCGUAAGUGUUAUAUUAUUCUUGGCUUGAAUCCCAUAAAUCCUAGCUCGCGGCUCUACUAUCGAACUACCUUAUGGAUCUCUCUCUCCCUCUCUCUCUAUAUAUAUCUCUCUCUGUCACUUUCACUCUUAAUCUGUCUCUGUCUGAAAACUCAACCUGUCACGCCCCUUUAACGCCUAGUCAUUUAUCGUUUGCUGUGUCGCCCCAAAUCGCAAAUGCCAAAGUAAUUGAGAAAAACUAAAUGGAUAUUCUAUAUUUUCUCUUGCUCUUUCUUUCUCCCUCUCUCUCUCUCUAUCUAUCUUUCUAUCUAUCUCUGUCUCUUUCCAACACGUACACAUGCCCAUUGUCUCUCUUUCGAUUUAAACCACCAAAAAUCACACAAUUUGUUUACUUUUGCGAUAUAUUUUGUAUUUGCUGUCUCACACGCUGCCGUCUGUCAACCAAAAUCCAACUGCCGCUUCAAAAACAAGCUUAUGGACAUGUACAAAAUCGAGGAGGAGGCCUAUAAGACGCAAGGAAAAACGGAAUUUUAUGCCUAAGAUUCCCAGGUCAAUGGUCAAAUGGGGAAAGAGCACCGCGAUACCAAAAAGAUUAAAAACACACUAAAAAAAAAAAAGUAGAGAAAAACCAAAAAAAGAAUGCUGAUUUAGCUGAAGAUGCUAACACACAUAUAUAUACUUUUCUUUAUAUACUACAUUUACACACUCAUCACUCGAAAACACACACUCGCCCACAUUUUAAAGAAUUAACUUUACUUAAAAAUAUUUAUGUAUAUGUUUUAUGCCGGAAGCAUAAGCUUAUAUUCGUAAAACCUAGAAUUCAAAAACUGGAAAGUCAACACUUUGUGCUUUAUAUUUAUUUAAGAUUCUGAUGAAGAUAAAUGGUUAAGGAAAAAAAAGAGUCAAUGAGAAGGCCACACAGUAAUGUGUGCAAUUUAUGGGGACUUACUCCUCUCGAAUCCAUUGUAAUUUAUUUUGAAAAACAAGAAAAGAAAAAAAAAACAACCUAUUGAAAAUAAA